AUGACGUCCGAUGGGCGACCGUUGCUCCACGCCGCGUGGACUGACCCGCUCGAAAAUUCCCCGACACCUGCCAAAUCAGAGUUUGGCCCUAGUGCCAACGGCGUGCAAAUCAAGUUUUUCUGGGUCGUGCAUGGUGCGCUUUGGGGUCCUACUGUAGCGGGAAACUGGGGCGACUUUGUUCCACUUGAUGCAAAGGGUGGAUACUGCGGUACAGUCUUGAAGGUCCCACUGAAGAAUGCAUGUCGUCCCGUGUUUGGGCAAUUGUUUAUUCGCAUCUUCAGGCAUUGA